AUGCUAACUCAAAAUAGAUCCAGUCUUCAACCUACCACCUUCCUACUACUUGGCAUUCCAGGAUUGGAAGCUUGCCACAUAUGGAUUUCCAUCCCUUUCUGCCUGGUAUACCUACUGUCACUGAUAGGAAAUGUUGGCCUUUUAAUAAUUAUCAAGACAGACCACAAACUGCAUGAACCUAUGUACCUCUUUCUAUGCAUGCUCUCUGUGGUUGAUUUGAUGCUUACUUCUUCAACGCUUCCCAAGAUACUCAGCCUUUUCUGGUUCAAUGAUAGAGAGAUCUACUUCGAAGCCUGCCUCACUCAAAUGUAUUUUAUCCAUUCUCUGUCUAUUAUGGAAUCUGGAUUUAUUUUGGCCAUGGCGUUUGACCGCUACAUAGCCAUCUGCCUCCCGCUAAGACAUUCUACUAUCUUAACUUCCACAGUGAUCUUGGGUUUGGGUUUGGCUGUUGCUUUCAGAGGUGCUGUACUCCUAAGUCCACACCCCUUUUUACUGAGGUGGCUUUCUUACUGCAAAACAAAUAUCAUCUCCCAUACUUAUUGCGAGUUUAUGGCUCUGAUAAAGCUAGUUUGCAGUGAGACGAAGGUCCGUAGAUCCUAUAGCCUAAGCGUAGCAUUUCUGACUGGGGGCUUGGAUUUCAUAUUGAUCAUCUGUUCCUAUGUCCUUAUUUUACGCACUGUCUUUUGUCUUCCAUCAAAAGCAGCCCGCCUCAAGACCUUAAGUACCUGUGUCUCCCAUGUGUGGGUCAUCUUGGCGUUUUAUACACCAGCAUUUUUCUCUUUUCUCACUCACAGGUUUGGCCACCACGUUGCUCCACAUGUUCACAUUUUAGUAGCCAACAUCUAUCUUCUUAUUCCACCCAUGAUGAAUCCUAUUAUUUAUGGCAUUAAAACCCAGAGAAUUCGGGAGAGAUUCCUAAAAUUCUUAACAAUAAAAUGUGUUUGA